GAAUGCCGGAUGCAAGGAAGUGGUGGAGUGGGCAGCCGGAGGGGGCAAGUGGGACAGCGCGGCAGGCGGCUGGUACAAGAGCAUGCCGACGAUCACCGGCGUCAGUCAUGAGCAGGGCAACUUGCAGGACUUUCAGCGACUCUACUUCUGCUCACCGCCGGGGGACUCCUUCUGCGGCUUGCCGCCGUGCGCUGGAUGCAGCAAUCCGCCUUGCGGCGACUGCUUCGCAGGCAACCAGCUCUUCGCUAGCCAUCGCCCGGGCUGCGAUGGGAAUGACAAGGGUGUUGGAUGCGUUCCUCCCAAAACCGCCUUGGGCUACAAGGGUCAGCACUGGCCAACCACAGUGAUCCAUGGCUCCCAAGAGAUGCACAUCUUUGCCAUCGGUGACUGGGGUGGCAUGGAUGGUUCCCUGGACCCACCAGAGGGCCGGAAGACCAUCGUUGCUUACGAUUGGGGACGCCGGCCAGGGCCCAGCGUCUUUCCCAGGAGUCGCUGGAACAAGAAGCACACCGUGCAGUUCUGCGACCACAAGCAGCUUGUGGAGUGCUUUAACACCCGCGGACAGGCGCCAUGCACACCAGAGUGUGGCUACGUGGCAGGCGUAGACGACCAGCCGCAGCUGCUGGUGGCCAACGCCUUUAAAGCCCGUGCUGCCCUCGUUGACCCGCAAUAUAUCCUCAACGUUGGGGAUAACUUCUACUGGGGUGGUAUAGAGAAGACAUGUGGGAGUCCCAUGGAUCAGAUCUCGUAUCCGACGAAGCACCAGUUCGAUCAGAUCUUCGAAGGUGUGUAUCAAGGAGCGGGCCUCACCAACAAGCCCUGGUUCAGUGUUUUGGGCAACCAUGACUGGGGAGGCUUCAAGUUCGACAACGGCUGGGAUCAGCAGAUCUCCUACACCUGGGCAAGCAACCGUUGGGUCAUGCCCGCUCCCUACUACAAGACCUCCGUUGUCUACGCGGAUCAGGACUUCGAUGUGGAUUACUUCUUCCUUGACUCCAACUUCAUCGAUGCCAUGCCACCCGAGGAGGACCCCAACCACAACAUGUGCAGUCGGAAGAACAACAAGCCCUCUGCUUCCUGCGCCGCGGCAGAUGGCCCCGAGUCAGUUGAUGCCUGCCCUGGCUGGUUCGCCUCGCUUUGGGCGGAGCAGAAGCCAUGGGUCACGAAGCUCAUGGGACAGAGUAAGGCCAACUGGCAGAUCGUGGUCACCCACUUCCCCCUGCAGACAUGA